AUGAAAUUUGUCGCUUUAAUUUCAGGAGGAAAGGACUCCUUUUAUAAUAUUUUGGAAUGCCACAAACAAGGCCAUGAACUUGUGGCAUUGGCAAACUUGCAUCCACAAAAUGAGUCUCAUCAUGAGACUGAUUCGUUUAUGUUUCAAACGGUAGGCCAUGAUAUAGUGAGCCUUUACGCCCAAUGUUUGCCAAAGAUACCUCUAUAUCGCCAGCCUCUCUCUGGAAGUUCUGCAAAUGUCCAGUUAGAAUACACACCAACUGCCGAUGACGAAAUUGAGGAUCUCUAUACGCUCUUGGCUCGGGUUAAGGAGGAUAAGCCAGAUAUUGAAGGUGUGAGUUGUGGAGCUAUCUUAUCUCAUUACCAGCGUACUAGGGUUGAAAAUGUGUGCGAUAGACUAGGUCUUACGUGCUUGGCGUACUUGUGGCAGAGAGAUCAGGCGGAAUUGAUGCUGGAGAUGUGUGAACUGGGUCUCGAUGCACGUUUGAUCAAAUGUGCUGCCAUUGGGCUCAACGAAAAACACCUAGGGAGACUGAUUACUGAUAUGCUUCCGAUUCUUACUAAGUUGAACCAGAUGUACGAUGUUCACAUUUGUGGUGAGGGGGGAGAGUUUGAAACCUUAGUGUUUGAUUUCCCCUUUUUCGAGAAGCGCCUCGAGGUGGUCGACCAAAAGGUAGUUGCCCACUCCUCUGACUGCAGCUAUCUCCAGUUGAAUGUAAAAGUUGUCGAUAAAGACGAGGAGAAAGAUGCUGCUGGCGAGGAAAAUACCUCGGCUCUCAUUGGUGACCAAGGCAGAUCUGAGUCUUUCAUAGACGACGAUUUCUUUCCUAUCUACGAAAAAGUUGAAAAGCAAGAACCAACUAAAUUGCCCGAAGUUAAAGAAGCAUCAUUCUCUUUGGGCCCUACUGUUCUCACAACGCCAUUGAGGCUUUACAUAUCCAACAUAGUGAGUACAGCGUCAGACAUCAAAAGCCAGGCUCAUGAUAUUAUGACUCAGAUGCUGAACAUCCUCAAAAAUCAUGAAACGUCAAUCACAGAUAUUCAGCAUGUAACAGUGCUUGUCCGUGAUAUGGCCGACUUUGCACAGAUCAACACGGUUUAUGCUUCUUUUUUCGCCAAUACUUAUCUUCCUCCAUCCCGUGUCUGCGUUCAAACGACGCUUCCACAGCCUUAUGGGCUCCAGAUCUCAUGCAUAGUUCUCAAGCCACCAGUCGAAACGAGACAAGGUAUCCAUAUUAGAUCUCGUUCCCACUGGGCACCACAAAAUAUCGGACCAUACUCACAAGCCAUCGUUGAAGUUAGGGACACAUUUAAGACAGCAACGCUCUCAGGGCAAAUUCCCUUGAUACCUUCUUCUAUGGAACUUGAUGAUGGAGAUUUAGUCCGGUCUGCUGUGCUCUCAUUACAGCAUCUCUACAAGGUCAAAUCCCUUGUCAACGUGAAGCAAUUGGCCGCUGCAGUUUGCUUUGUCACAACCACACCUCCUAGCGUAGCGUCGCAGGUAUGGAAGGAAUACGUUCAAGAAGUCGAGCAUGGACAAGAUUUUGAUAAUCGCCUCAUCAUUGUUCAAGUUACUGGCUUACCUAAAGGAGCUACAAUCGAAUGGGGCGGGCUUGCAUUCGAAAAGGUGAUCGGCAUGUAUGACGACGAAAGUGAAACCGAAGCGCCUCGCCUCCUUUCUUCUGCUACCGAGCUUACGCAAGGCUUCAAAACAAACCUCGUGAGUGUCAAUGAAAACUUCAACGUUGUCAAGAUGAUGGCUAACGAUAUAGGCCUUGUGAUCGAUUUCCUUCGCAGCCCUGCUCUUGGGAACUCGCAUGUGACAGUGAUGACUAAGCUUUCCAACAUCCACAAAUUAGUUGCAUUAGGCCUCCCCGCAGAAUGGGUUCCAGUCGUCAACGUAUGGGAUAGCGAUGGUGUAGACCAAGAACCAGAACGCAGGAGGCCACCCAGCAGGGAAGAGGAACUACUGAAUAUCCAAUAUAAUGAACAUUUGAAGGAACUAAGAGAUCUUACUCGGCGUGUGGGUGACUACUUGAAGCAAAAGGAUGCUUUGGAUGAACCACAACCGCAGCCACAGCUUACUGAUGAAGCUGACAAGGCCGAUGAGCUCUAUGAGGCUAUCAAGGACAAGUCACCACUGGAGGAACGGCCAUCAAAAGACGCUUCUGGUGCACUUGCAUUGAAUGCGCCACUGGAGACUUCAGUGUCGCCUCUGACAGCCAGUCUACCGGAGGCGCUUCAGGAAAGAUUAGGACUUACAUUGAGGUAUCUCGUGAAUGAUGAACAUCAAGAUUGGCCCUUGAUUUUGAGUCAACUAGAACAAGACGGUGGAUUGAAGGGCUUCUCUGACAAGGAUGUACGCAAAAUGGUCUACGCCAUUCCAAAGCAUCAGCUUGUUGAUCUCUACCCUAAAGUUAAGGAGCUCAUGGAGGCUGCAGGGAUGAAGGAGUCCCCGAAGAUGAUAAAUACAUACAUGAGGAGUGUCAUUCAUGGCAGCGCUGUGGGCCCAGAGAAAAUUCAAAUCAUCGAAAACUGUGUUGAUGAGCUCAAAUCUAUGCAUAAGAAGGGCGCUCUUUCUCGUGAUACCUACGAGGUCUUAAUCGAAGCAUACGGAAAGAAUGCUUCUAUUGAUAAGGUUAAUCAGCUCGUCAAGGAGAUGAAACAGCUCGGGUUGGAGCCUCUGAGGACGGUCUACUCGAAUGUGCUCGCCACUUGUGUCUACAAGGUUAAAUCACACGCUUCGGCGGUAGAACUUUUUGAUUCGAUGAAGUUUUUCCUGAAGAAGACUCAACCUUCCACUCGCGAGUACCAGGACAUUAUUGUCAGUUACGUGAACAAUGACAAUAUCGAGAAAGCUUUGGACUUAUACCAGGAAAUGCGUACAGAGAAGAUUGAAGUGAAUCAGAGUAUUCUAGUUGCCCUUGCUAGGGGCUGCUUCUCGAGGGAUGAAUUGAAAAUAAGAGCAUGGGACUUCAUGUUUGAGAUUAAUAGAAGAGGAUGGACACCAACAGCCCAAAGUGCAGAGUAUAUGCUUUACUUGGCCCUGAAGGACGGUGACUUGUCGUUGGCUCGUUCGCUCUACCAACAGCUCAACUUGGGUGGAAAUACUUCACCUCGUUCGUUCUCAUUCCUUCUUCUUGCUUACUCAAAGGCUAGUCUCGAUGGCAGUGUACCAACAGUGGAGUACAGCGAAUCUGGUCGUCUGUUCCGUUAUAAUAUAAUGAAUCAGACAGACUUUGCAUCAAGUAUGGAGGAUCCCAAGACUGCUCUUCCAUUCUUGCCAAACAUAAUGCUAGAAUCACCAUUGGAGAUCUUGGCAGAGUCGAGUGCAAUCAUGGCUCACACACUCAUGGUUAAUAAUCAUUUCGUGAAUUCUGAGAGUAUCAAUAAUUUUCUCAACGUGGCAGCCAAUGUCGGCACCCUUGAUGACUUCAAGCAAAGACUUGAACAAUUCACAUAUCUAGACAGGGAAGGCAUUCCAGCCACAAGAAGCUACAUCGAGCCUGAUCGCUGCUUAGAUGAAGAAAAUGGAACGAGUGACUCCAAAGAAGUCUCGCGGUCAAGUAAUGGAACCUCGCUUUCUACUUCACCUGUUCUCGAACAGUUCCUUCAAGCAUCCGACGGACGUUUUAAGGUCCCCAGAGAUACGAUUACGUACCUCAUUGCAUUAAAGGCAGCAGCCAAGCAUAACAAUUAUGUCCUAGCCCAGAUGAUGUGGACGGAAAGAGGUCUCUAUAGAAAGUCUGUUCGCUGGACUAGGCUUUCAAGACAUGACAAGGAUAAGCUCGACUUUGAUUUUGCGAUCUCUAUGGUCAAUUGCCUUACACAGCUUGGGCUUCUUGAAGACGCUCUUGCGGUUGUUGUUAGCACGGAAUAUCAGUUCAAGUGGAAAUGGCAUCAUUUCUCCCAACUUCACAAACGAGGUGUGGAGAUUGGUGAUAAUAAGAUCACACUGACGCUUCGUGGGAUAGCAAAGAGGGGACAGAUCAAGUUCGAGGGCAAAAUCCAUAGAAAGGAUUACAAAAGAUUCGUGAUGAACAACGGAUAUUAG